AUGAAUAUCGUUUCUUUCUUUAUUUCACUCUUUCUUUCUUUCUUUCUUUCUUUCUUUCUUUCUUUUUUCUUCUCUCCCAUCUACAUUUUUCUGCAUUUCAUUUUUAAAUUCGAAUCCUUCCUUAUUCAUUUCUUCACUGCUUCUACUUCCAUUGUUGUGACAUCUUUUUCUUCUUUUUUUUUCUUAAUUCUACUCAUAAAAUCUUUGCCUUUAUUUAUUUUCCCUUUUAUUCUUGCUCUGCUUUUUCGUCAUCUUUCUUCGUAUAUACCUGUUUCGUUAUUGUUCGUUUUUUUCUUAUUUCCCUCCAUUCUAUUUUUCGCUUUCUUUCUCAAAAUCUAUUUAUAUUCCUCGUAUCCUGUUUUAUUUAUGUUUAUCUAUUUUCUUCGCACUUCUCUAUUUUGUUCCUUCUCACCUAACACAUUAUUUUUAAUUCUCGUCUCGUCACGUCUCUCUUUUUAUUCUUCGUCACUUUUCCGAUGUCGUCUGCCUAAUCGACUUCUCAUACCUCAAUUUCAUUUUUUUCUUCUUUUUUUUUUACCAGCCAUUUCUCCUUCUGCUUUUCUUUGCAAUUCCCUUUGUCAACGUCAUCUAUCUAUUGUCUAUCUAUCUAUCUAUCUAUCUAUCUAUCUAUCUAUCUAUCUAUCUCUCUCUCUAUAUAUAUAUAUUACUCUCUCUCUCUCUCUCUCUCUCUCUCUCUCUCUCUCUUCCUUAAUCCCUUUAUUUCUGCUAUUCCGUUUUUCCUCCCUUAUUCCACGUGACCCCUUUAUUUCACCUUUUUAA